AUGAGGAAUAAGCUGAGCAAAGAGAGUUUAGAGUUGGCAUUAGUCAUGUGUUACCAGCUGUGGGUAAGAAGAAAUGCUUUCAUUUUUCAAAAUCAGUUUAUGCAUCCUGGUAUACUGGCUAAGAAGGCUCAAGUUGACUUAUCCUUUUUUAAAGAGACCAAACAGAACUGUUUAAAGAGAAUAGAAGGGACUAACAAGAGAGGAUCAACCCAAAGAUGGAAACCACCUACAUGGCCAUAUGUCAAAGUGAAUUUUGAUGCAGCUUUUGAAAAAGCUAAGGGCAGGAUGGUUAUGGGAGUAAUCAUCAAAGAUUCAGAAGGCAGAUUGCUAGCUGUGGUGACAGUUUCUAAGGACCACAUCUCUACAGCUGCCCAAGCUGAAAGUGCUGCUCUUCAUAGAGCUAUGGACCUUUGCACUGAGGUUGGUAUAAACCAAGCUUGUUUUGAAGGGGAUGCCAAGGUAGUUGUGGAUGCAGUGAAUUCCAAAAAUGAAGAUAACUCAUGGCUUGGACAAAUGACAGAGGAUUUGCAGCAAUUGAUGAAAAGUAACCAAGCAUCGAGCCUUAAUUUUGUAAACAAGUCAGCAAACAAAGCUGCUCACACGGCAUCAAAGUUAGCUAUUAGGGAUGUUUGUUAA